AUGCACUUAACUCAGCAGCUCAAAGCCGUAACUCUAACACACGUCUGGUACUGUCGCGGUGAUCAGCUCGGACAUUUCCUCACCUUGUUCUUUCAUCAUCCUGUUCAAUCUUGGAACCAAAGCUUGCUGAACCUCUGUAAUCUGUCAAGACCAAGAUCCAAGAGUAGCUUGAAAGCUUCUUCUAAUAGCUUUGCAGGCGACGAUCCAUUGCAUGCAUCUGGUCAGAGAGAAACUCAUGUCUUCAUCGGAACAACUUCAAAACUACGGAUCUUCUUCUCAGAAAAAUUGAUCAACUGGUGA